AAUGUCGCAUGUUCGAUGGCAACAAUCGCGUAUGCGUGUACUGUAGUGGACUGUGUGUUGUGUCAGGCACGUCCGCAACGUACACUGGGCAGAGGCGGCGCAAGGACGACGCAGUCUUCGAGGCCCUGGGUGCCACAGACGAGCUCAACUCUCACAUUGGCUACGUCGCGUAUCCUAAAGCAUACCAGAGGUCAGCGAACAGCUCAAAUGGGUUCAGUGCUUGCUCCAAGACCUCCAGGCUUCUAUCGCAACGCCGUUGUCAUCAGCAUCGGAGGGGCAGAGAGCCAAAACCGAGUUUCCAGCCGAGCACAUUAAGGAGCUGGAACAGUGGAUUGAUGCACAUUCCGAGAACCUGCCACCACUCAAGAAUUUCAUCCUUCCCGGUGACUUCACUUUUCUUGGAAAAAGAGGUGGAUGAAGUUGUGAUGAAAUAUAUAAAUAGGUUGAGCGACUACCUGUUCGUAGCUGCGCGGGUCUGCUCUCACCACGAAAAUGCGGAGGAAACUAUUUACAAGUGACACCGUACCAAGGAUACUAUCCAUUCACAUUAUAGGUCUUUCCAUAAUUAAAUGGUUUUAUUACCU